GCAAACACGAUUUUUCUGGAACGUACACGAUUAUCCUUUCACUUACUUUAAAUACAUCACGAUUAGUCAGAAAAACGAAACGAAGAAAAGAGUUACAAAGUUACCUGUAUACGAUCUCAUUUUGAUCUCCCAAGUUUCAAAUCUCGCGAAUAAAUAUAUCAAAAGAUGUCUCUGAUUCCAAGUAUUUUCGGUGGCAGAAGGAGCAACGUGUUCGAUCCUUUCUCCCUCGACGUGUGGGAUCCCUUCAAGGAUUUUCAUUUUCCCACUUCUCUUUCUGCUGAAAAUUCUGCAUUUGUGAACACUCGUGUGGAUUGGAAAGAAACCCCAGAAGCACACGUGUUCGAGGCUGAUAUUCCAGGGCUGAAGAAGGAGGAAGUGAAGGUGCAGAUUGAAGAUGAUAGGGUUCUUCAGAUAAGCGGAGAGAGGAACCUUGAGAAGGAAGACAAGAACGAUACGUGGCAUCGCGUGGAGCGUAGCAGCGGCAACUUCAUGAGGAGGUUCAGGUUGCCGGAGAAUGCUAAAGUGGAGCAAGUGAAGGCUUCUAUGGAAAAUGGUGUUCUCACAGUUACCGUUCCCAAAGAAGAGGUUAAGAAGCCUGAUGUUAAGGCCAUUGAAAUCUCUGGUUAAACUUGUUGUUGCUGAAAAUCGUGAGCUUUGCUUUGUGUAAUAACUAAUAAGUAUUCUCUGUCAUGUGUUCCUGUGGUGAAUUUUGAGAAUUGAAAGAUUUUACAUUGUGAAAUGUAACUGCUUAAGUGGUAAUUGUGUGCUUGUGUAAUUCAUGUGAAUAAAGUCCAGCCUUCAGAAAAUACUAUAAUUUUGCUAUAUCACAAGUGUCUGAUAUGUGAUGUAGACAAAAAAAUAGAUCGUGUAAUGUGAAUUGUAAUUGGCCUAUAGUGUGCAUUUGUUAUAGCCGAGAGACUUUCUCUCUAUGUUCAUAAACUCCACCUCCCAGUAAGUGUAUAAUAUUCCAUCUUAAUAAUGAAAAUAAAUAGACGAUUUAGUGUGUUCCCAUGCA